GUGAAUUCUUGGACAGUAUGAGCUUAUGUCUCAUUUAUCCUCUCUCUUGAUCACCUGGACUAAUGGCUGGAACAUAACAGACACUUAGUUAGCGUCCAUUGAAUUGAAUCAAAUUAUACAAAUGUGGUCAUUUGAGUUUCUAAUAGUUCUUUUCCUUCAUGGAUCUGAUGCCGUAUAUUCGAAACAACUUACUGGUUUUUGUGGGUGUGCAGUAUGCUUAUUAAGGAUAAGCCCUGCUAUUUCCAUGCUAUGCAAGAGUAGGAUCUAGAGAGAGCGGGACGUCCAGCUUCCCAGUGCGGUCCUUUGGGGCGCAAGCUACUAACGAGCGAGUUAAAAAUGGGUGAUGUUGAGAAAGGCAAGAAGAUUUUUGUUCAGAAAUGUGCCCAGUGCCACACUGUGGAAAAGGGAGGCAAGCACAAGACUGGACCAACUCUCCAUGGUCUGUUCGGGCGGAAGACAGGUCAGGCCGUUGGAUUCUCCUACACAGAUGCCAGCAAGAACAAAGGCAUCACCUGGGGAGAGGACACGCUGAUGGAAUAUUUGGAGAAGCCCAAGAAAUACAUCCCUGGAACCAAAAUGAUCUUCGCUGGCAUUAAGAAGAAGAAUGAAAGGGCAGACUUGAUAGCUUAUCUCAAAAAAGCUACGAAUGAGUAAUAACUGGCCACUGCCUUAUUUAUUACAAAACAGCAAUGUCCCAUGACUUUUUUUAUGUGCACCAUAAUUUAAUUCUCAUACACCAGAAUUCAGAUCAUGAGUGGCUGACAGAAUAUUUUUGUCCGACCGUCUAAUAUUGCCUUGUGUGGUUAAAUAGGAAAUUUUGGUAGUAAUUCCAGUUCAGUAAAUGCCCUCGCUGUUUUCCCCUUCUAAGGAUAUGAUUGGACUUAACUAACAAAACUUGUCAAUGCCAUCCCAAAACCUGUUGGGAGAUUGGAUUUAGAUUUAAAUACUGGGGAAAUUGCCUCACUGUCUCAGAACUGAACAAGAUUCACUUGUUCUUUACCUGCCUAAGGCAAGAGCUGAAGACAUUUGGAAAUGUCUACUUUGUAUUUUUGGUCUUAGCUGUGGCAAUCUCAUUAGAAUUUCCUGUACCUAAACUUCUGCCUUUUACUUACUGAAAGGCAUUUUAGUGUGGUUUAUGCAUAUCAAAUAAAGAAUAUUUAACACUUCUCACAUUUUAUAGAUGAUCUGUAAGGUCAGGUGCUUUGAACGUCAGCAUGACCAGGUGGAGUAACAAGUUACACUUGCUGUUGAAUUCUUUACUACCUUAGACUGAGUUAAAAUUCAGGAUUGUCUAUAAGCAGCCAUUUGGAAACACAUAACACUGAGGAGCUACUGUAUGUUUGUGUUUAGUAAUGGUGCUUUUGCCAGCUCAGUGGAAGGACUAAGGUAGAGGAGAUACCAUCAGCACAAAACCUCUAAAAUAUGUGAUCACAAGACUUAAGAGAAUUAAAAACAGAAUUAUAGAUCAUGAAAAAAAAAAAAGAGUAGGAUCUAUGCAGAAGAUUAAAAUAUCCUGCUCAUCCCUACAGGUUUGACUUUGAUUUAUUUGCCUUGGGGAUUCUCUGUCAGCAGAAUGUUUGCCUUGAUAUUGACCUUGCCACUUGGCCCUAAAGACCUUCUUUGAGAAUAUGGUGAAUUGCCAUAUUCCUCUGAUCUCUCUUCUCCUUCAGAAUAAGCAGUACUAAAUAAUGUUAUUUGAAAGCUAAAGAAGACUGGACAUGAAGGAGAGCACUUUUCCUCUAAGAAGAACCCAACAAGCAAGAUUAAAAAGUCACCUUGCUUCCAAAAUUUUGGAAGUAUUGUGCUGACAUGAAGACUAUACAACCAUGGCAAAGUAUUAAUUUGCCCAUUAACAUGCUCAUAUUGUUUUGUGGGUAGUAAAACGAAGGUACAUUAGGUAUUAUUCAUUAUUAUUCAUAUUCCGUAUCAGUAGCCACAGCUCUGGAAGGAGGCUUCCUCACACUCUCUCUGAGCCAGAAUUUUGGAAUCACAGGUUAGAAGGGAACAGAGAGAGCAACUGGGCCAGCCACCCAAUCCAGCGUCUGAGUCCCCUUUCCAAAAUCUCUAUUAAGUACGUGUCCAGCCUCUACUUGUAUACUGCUAGGGUUUAGCAGAGUUCCUGAGAAUACAAACUAGGUUUAGCAUCAACACUAGGACAUUGCAGACUGCUUUUUCUGUAACAUUAGCUCUCAAACCUUUAUUCUCAGGAACUUCUUUCUACCCUUAAAAAUUGUUGAGGACCAGAAAGAGCUUUUGUUUGUGCAUGUUAUAUCCAUCAACAUUUAUUUAUUAACUUCAGAAUACAAUAACAAACCCUUUACAUGUCAAUAUAAAUAACAUUUUUAAUGAAAAAUGUAUUUUUCAAAACACAAAUAGGUUUCUUGAGGACAUGGCCUUGUAAAUCUUCUUAAUAUCUGGUAUAAUAAGUAGAAGACAGCUGGAUUCUCAUAUCUGUUUCCCAUAGAAUCUGUUGUGAUAUCCCAGGUCUUAGAACCAAUGGAAAACUCAGCUGUAUAUACAUAGGAGGCAAAUAACUUCUCAGAAAUAAGAAGUUUUGGCUUCAUGCAUUUCCCAAAAGGGUCCAGGGACCCCUAAGGGUCCCCAGACCACACUUGGAAACUGCUUCUCUCUUGUACCCCAAGGGAAGGGAUUAAUUGAUAAAGUAAACUGGUGGGGACUGCAGUGAAAGAAAAAAAAGAUGCACAAGGAGCCAAGAAGAAUGUGCUUAUGGGGUUGGCUCUGUGAUAUAGUGGGUUAAGCUGCAGUCUGCAGUGCUGGCAUCCCUUAUGGGGCCAGUUCAAGUCCAGGCUGCUCCACUUCUGAUCCAGCUCCCUGCUCAUGGCACCUGGGAAAGCAGUAGAAGAUGGCCCAGGUCCUUGGGUCCUUGUACCCACAUGGAAGACCUGGAAGAAGCUUCUAACUCCAGGCUUUGGCAUGGCCCAGCCCCUGCUGUUACAGCCAUUUGUGGAAUAACCAGUGGAUGGAGGAUCGGUCUCUUUCUCUUUCUUCCUCUCUCUUUCUCUCUCCCCCUCUUUCCCCCUCUCUCCCCUCUCUCCCCCUCUCUCCCCCUCUCUCCCCCUCUCUCCCCUUUCCCCUCUCUUCUUUCCCUCUUUCCCUCCCUCCAUCUCUCUCCCUCUCCUUCUCUCUCUCCUCCUCUCUCCCUCUCUUUCCCUCUCUCUCCCCUCCUCUCUCUGUAACCCUGCCUUUCAAAUAAAUAAAUAAAAAUCUUAUUUAAAAAAAAGAGAAAAAAAAGCCCAUGCUCAUACCUGCAGUUACAAAUAUUGAAUACCAGAGCAAGGCAUUGUGGCACAGUGGGUUAAGCCAACGCUUGAGAUGUCCACAUCUCAUCUCCGAGUGCCAGUUUAAGUCCUAUCUGCUCUGUUUCCAAUCCAGGUUCCUGCUAAUGCAUUCUUGGAGACAGCAAAUGAUGGUUCAAGUGCUUAGGCCCCUGCUACCCAUGUGGGAGACCCAGUUGGAGUACUGGGCUCCUGGCUUUAGCCUGAGCCAACCCUGAUUGUUGCAGGCACUUAGGGAGUGAACCAGUGGGUAGAAGAUCUCUCUCUCUCUUUCUUUCUUCCUUUAUUUCUUUUUUAAAAAAUUUAUUUUAUUUGAAAGGCAGAGUUACAGAGACUGAGGCAGAGAGAGAGAAAAAGAGGUUUUCCAUCUGCUGGUUCACUCCCUAGAUGGUCACAAGGCUGGAGCUGCACCAAUUUGGAGCCAGGAGCCAGCAGCUUCUUCUGGGUCUCCCAUGUGGAUGUAGGGGACCAAGGACUUGAGCCGUCUUCCACGGCUUUUCCAGGCCAGAGCAGAGAGCUGAAUUGGAAGUGGAGCAGCUGGGACUCGAACUGGCACCCAUAUGGAAUGCUGGCGCUGCAGGUGGCGGCUUUACCCACUGUACCGCAGAGCCGGCCCCUCUGCCUUUCAAAUAAAUGAAAAUAAAUAGACAUUUAAAAAAAAUCACCACAUAUAUUGAGUGCCUACCAUGUGUCUAAAUGCAAAGCACUGAAAAUAUUAACAUUCAUAGCAGUUAUUCCCAGUUUUCUUCAAUAUGAACUCAUUUUGAUAUAAAAAGGUUUAUAAAUUGGCUUUUACUUUAAACAGUUAUUAAUUGGGAAUAAAACAAAAAGCUGUGAAUUUAGUUUUGAUUUUUAAUUUCUGUUUUGUUCACCACAACAGUGUCUGUGGAUAUUAGAAAACGAGUACUGUGUCUGUGUUCUGUAUAUUAUACACUUGGUCUGCAGGCAGUGCUUGCUGCCCAUAGGAAUUUGCAAAACCAUUGUGUGUCAGCUUUUUUGUUAUUACAACAAAAUACUUGAGGCAACUGAUUUUAUCAAGUGACAACAUUUAUGUGUAUCAUGGUUUUGGAGAUUCCAGUCCAAGAUUGGGCAGAUGCUUUGGUUUUGUGUUGAUGAGUGUGGAAGAUGAUGAAGAGAGCAUGCAGGGGAAGGGUCACAGUCAUUAGGAAGCAGAGAAGAGUGGGCCCAACUUGGCUUUUAUAACAAUCCUCUUUUGACAAGUACCUUCCGGGGCCACAACCCCAAGUGACCUAAGUACCUCCCAGUAGGCUGAAUUCCUGAACACCACAGUUGGAUUUAGUUUCUACCCUCUUGGUGCUGUUAACUUGGAACUUUGGGUUUGAAGCCUUGCAUGAGUUAGGGAACCAAAUCCUGUUCAAACCAGAAUAGCACAUUGGAAAUAGCUGACUGCUCUGGGUAACUGCCCCACCACUCAGCAGCCACAUAUGAGAACCGAAGUGAUUCAUGAGUUCUUGAUACCAGCAUGGACAGUGCUGAGUGAUGGAUUUGUUUGGGGAUUGUUUUUAAGUCGUCGAGACUAUUGAUGCCUUUAAUCAGAGUGGCCAGGUAUCAUGCAGACAAGCUGAAGAUGAAUGCGGGUACUUCUUGGGCUCCUGGUUCUGUGGCUGGGCACUCGCAGGUGGAGCGCUCUUGCCUGCCCUGUGGGAUGUUGUCGAGAGUGAGGGAAGAGCGUUGUGUUGAGAGAGUUAACAGAGUUAGAGAAAAGUGGAAGUGUGUUAAUAGUGCAAGGGGAGGAGUGAGAAAUUAAAUGGUAUCUUUUUAGAAGUCUGCCUUAUUGCAGUCUGCAUUGCUCCUUGGGGAUUUUUCUACUGAGUACAAGAAAAUCAGCAAGCACUUCUUGAAAAACCCAGAUGAAAUUACUGCCAUAAAUUUUUAUUUUUUUUUUCAUGGUAUAAAACCCUUAAUUUAGAUGGGGAGGGUUUAUUACCAGUGUUUUCUUGGCAUGGCUAAGUUCAAUUAAUUUCAGAUGACAAGCUCCAGCCCUUCCUCCCCCAUCCCCCACCCCAGCCUUUCCCUCUCCCCAAUAUGUGGAAAGUACAAUUUGUUAUUGGUUUGCUUUUGGCUCUGGAGACCUCAUUAGGGCUCGAGAAAGGGCUUCUAUCUCUCUUUCUUUGACACCUUUCUGUUUUCUCUCAGACUCAGGCCAUUUACAUUGUCACAUGGAAAGUAUGUGUGGUGUGUGGAGGGGAAGGUUAUUAGAGAAAAGUGGCUCUGUUUAUGCUUCUUAAAUAUUGAUCUCAAAUGACUGCUAUAAGAAAUUGUUACUAUGGUAUUCAGCUAAGAUUUGGAGCUCUGUGUAAGGUGAGGUCUCUGAAAAGAACGUGGGCACAUUUGGACAGGAAAACUUAUUUUCCUGCCCUGACAGUUCAUACGUAACAUACCUGGUUGUUUGAAAGCAGGAACAAGAUGUCAACAGAAUAUCGUAUUUACUUUCUCUCUAAGACAUAGCAUGCUGCACCUUCAGGUUCUUGUUUCUCUCAGAAUACUGUGAGCGUGUCUUGCAAACAAGGGAAAUAAUCUAUGGUGUUUUGUUUUUCUCUGCAUGGUAAUAUAGAACCUAUUGUAGUGUGAAUAAAAGGAGUCGCAAGAGAUUCAUUACUGUUUGUGAAGCAUACUGUCUGCGUCUUUCUGCAUGUGAUUAUUUUACUUACAAAGCAGAUAUAAAAAUUAGAAUUGAGGUGAUAGAGAAUACAUAUUGCAUAGAUAAGGCAUUCAAACAAAAGUUUUACCAUUAUAACAAAUAAAUUUAUCCUGCUUCAAAGGUUGAGAGAUUAGAAUCCUGUUACAUUGAAUGCUUGACAAUUAAUUAGCUAUUGUCUGCAAAGUUCCCAAGACUACAGGUUACUUAAAUACUGUUAUUAGGAGUAGCUAGAUUAAUAAUAAUAACACUGUAGUGUCACUGGCAACGGGGAGGAGAUUUUAAAAAUAAAGAUAGAUGCCCAAGAUCGUCGUGCAAGUGAUUUGUGUUCUGCACGCCGAGCAGGCGGUCCCUGGGCGCGGCGCUGCCUCAGCCUGCAGCGUGCAGUGUGCAGCCCUUAGCACCAGCUCCAGAUGAGGAUGAUGCAAAAGUGCUUAAUCUGUUAAUAUUUUUCUCUGCUUUUUGUGAAUUGCUUAACCCCUUCUCAAGGUAGUAUUCACUUAGCACAAUGAAAGAGAAAAUAAGCAAGCUGACAGAAAACAGGCGUGGCAAAAGGCCAGAUAUAAAAGAUGAGCCUCCAGCAGUUGCUGACAGGCAUUGUGUAGACUCCAAAUAUGCUAGAUCACUCACUAGUGUUUUUUAAAUUAUAUUUAAUUGAUACGGAUAAAAAUAUGUGGGGAUUUGCCUUGAUUGUACAGGUUUUUGUUCUGUGGAAUUAAAUCCUUGGGGUCCUGAUUGUUCUGUCUGUAAUUUUGUGAGAAAAUCAAGUGGAACCAAGAACUAGCCCAGUACCAAUAAUGGGGGGAAAUUUCCAAAGUAGAGGGUUCUCAUGAAUAUUUAUUAUGGGAAGUAAAGCUUACAAGAGGAAUGUUAUGGGACUUUUUGAUUUUUAGAAUCCAAUAAUUUUAAAAUGGGAAAGUAUAUGGAAGCGGUACUGCUCGGCAAAUAGUUCCCAUGUCCCUUGGCCGUUACUGCUAUGGGGAUUUGGCCAUGUGACUUGGUCAGGCAGUGUGUGGCGAGUGGUCUUUCCAACAUGUUUAAAUGCCAGUAUACACCUUCCAACCCUUUCUGGGUUACUUCAUGCUCCACAUUUUUUAGUGCUAGAUAACAAGAUAGAAUGAUACAAAUGCAGAAAUAAAUAUGUGCCUCUAAAUAAUGAAGGAAAUCUAGCUUGUUACAUCUAACUAUUUAGUACAGUCUGCUGUUUACAAGUAUUCAUAGCAUUCUCUUGUCCAUGAAUAUGGGAUGUGGAUGACGAGCUCUGGUGUUGUGACUCAUCCUUGAUACCUCAUGAGUCCUGGAAAAUCAUCCUUGUGUGAAAACUGGGAUAGAUUGAAUCUGGCAGCCUAACUCAUAUAGUCGACCACUGUUAGAAAUUAUCAGAUUUCUGUCUCCUAUGGUUUGUUGAGAGUCACUCAAGUGUUGGUCCUGAUAGAGAUUUUUAUUAAUGUUAAAGUAACUUUCUAGGUACUGUUUCCACAAAGCCAACAAGACUCUGGGGGCUGGCACUGUGGUAUAGUGGGCUAAGCCUCUGCCUGUGGUGCCGACAUGCCAUAUGGGUGCCACACAGUGUCCCCACUGCUCCUCUUCUGAUCCAGCUCUCUACUUAUAGGCUUGGAAAGCAUUGGAAGAUGGUUCAAGUGCUUAGGUCCCUGUACUCUUGUGGGAGACAUGGAAGAAGCUCCAGGCUCCUGGCUGUUGUGCCCAUCUGGAGAGUGAACCAGCAGAUGGAAGACCUCUCUCUCUCUGUCUCUUUCUCUCUCUGUCUGUAACUCUGCCUCUCAAAUAAAUUAAUAAAUAUUUAAGAAAAAAAAGUCAACAAGACUCAAAGCAGCGUUGAGACAAAGAGGCACCUUAGCCUUAACUCCAUUUGUUUGCACACCUAACACACGUAAUUCUUAUUGAGUACCUCUUUCUAUAAACCUAUUGUUGCUAGCUUGCUUGCAGUUUGACUCGCCAGACUUGAUUAAUUAAGACUUGAAUCAUUGCCGGCGCUGCGGCUCACUAGGCUAAUCCUCCACCUUGCGGCGCCGGCACAACGGGUUCUAGUCCCGGUCGGGGCACCGGAUUCUGUCCCGGUUGCCCCUCUUCCAGGCCAGCUCUCUGCUGUGGCCAGGGAGUGCAGUGGAGGAUGGCCCAAGUACUUGGGCCCUAUACCCUUUGGGAGACCAGGAGAAGUACCUGGCUCCUGCCAUCGGAUCAGCGCAGUGUGCCGGUCGCAGCGCGCUGGCCGUGGCGGCCAUUGGAGGGUGAACCAACGGCAAAGGAAGACCUUUCUCUCUCUCUCUCUCUCUCACUGUCCACUCUGCCUGUUAAAAAAAAAAAAAAAAAAAAAGACUUGAAUCAGCUGGUGCUGUGGCUCACUAGGCUAAUCCUCUGCCUGCGGCCCCAGCACCCCAGGUUCUAGUCCCAGUCAGGGUGCCAGAUUCUGUCCCAGUUGCUCCUCUUCCAGUCCAGCUUUCUGCUGUGGCCCGGGAGUGCAGUGGAGGAUGGCCCAAGUGCUUGGGCCCUGCACCCGCAUGGGAGACCAGGAGGAAGCACCUGGCUCCUGGCUUCAGAUCAGCGAGGUGCGCCGGCCGCAGCGGCCAUUGUGGGGUGAACCAACAGAAAAAAAGGAAGACCUUUCUCUCUCUCUCUCUCUCACUGUCCACUCUGCCUGUCAAAAGAAAAAAAAAAAAAGACUUGAAUCAGUACCUUCUUUAGUCCUACCUGGGACUUGAGAGGAGAGUCAGAUCCUGGAGCCUUUGCUUGCACUAGUUGCUCAGUAGUUGGAUAGAAUUUUGUAGUAACAAAACUGUGAUUUUCAUUGUUAAUAAGCUUAGUUGUAAGGAGUAGUCAUCUUAUAUUGACAGUAGCUCUUUUUCUUUGAAGGCUUAUUUUGAUUGGUUUGAAAGGCACAGUUACAGAGAUAGAAAUAGAGAGAGAGAUCUCUUUUAUCUGCUCGUUCACUCAAAUGGCUGCAGUAGUCUGGGCUGGACGAGGUGGAAACCAGGAGCUUCUUCCAGGUCUUCCACUUGGGCCGUCUUAAGCUGCAUUCCCAGGCACAUUAGCAGGGAGCUGGAAGUGGAGCAGCUGGGACUUGAAUCAGCACCCAAAUGGGAUGCCUGUGUAUGCAGGUGGCAGCUUUACCCACUAUGCCACAAUGCCAGCCCCAACAGUAGUUCUUUCAUGUUGAAUACUUUUCAGUUUUAUUCUCUUCUUCCUUUUCUUUCUUUUUUUUUUUUUUAAAGAUUUAUUUAUUUAUUUGAAAGGCAGAGUUACAGAGAGGCAGAGGCAGAGUGAACAUUCCAAGAAUCCUGAGCAUUUUGAAGGACUAGCCAUCUGACACUAAACUUGGGAAACAUCUUAGUGUAGUACUUUUUGUGAUGCAUAAAAUGAUAAAAGAGGGAGUACCAUUUGAAAAUUAAAAAGCAUAUUCUUGGGACACCAUUAGAGGAUAUAAAUCACAAAUCAAUAUGAAGUUCAGAUACUACUUUACCCAGCAAUUGUAUGCGAUAGCAAUUGGAGGCGGGGAAAAUUCCCUCCCUGUGUGCAUUCUGAGAACUGCAGUGUUUUUAUUUGGUACAGUUGCAUAUUCAUUUCUAACAGACUGUAUCCUAAAAGAAUUGGACUUUUAUAGAUCCUAUGAAUAUUCACAGUCACCAAAACCAGUCCUGUCCUUUACCUUAUGUAUCUAGACCCAUCUGUCAUUUGCUUGCUAGGUGGUCCUAGUUCUGUUUUGUGGCAGUUACCUUUUGAGAAAAAGGCAUAUCCUGUGUUGAGAGGAAUGUGCUGGCACCUUUGCUGCCUGAUUGAAAGUCUGCCCUCAGGGUUGGAUUUGGGCAGGGUGCGUGUGUGCGUGUGUGUGUAUGGUGACAGUGUGUGUAUGGUGAUUGUGUGUAUGUGUGUGAUUUGGGCAGGGUGCCUGUGUAUCUGUGUGUGUGUGUAUGUGUGUGAUUUGGGCGGGGUGCCUGUGUGUGCAUGUGGCUAGGCCCUGCCUCCUUGGGACUGCCACUAGGUCUCUUAAGCUUUGAGGGCAUUGUUCCAGACACUGAUGCAGCAAGGAAGGCCAGUGGCUGUUGCCACUAUUAAGGCAGCAGAGUACUUAGCAAGCAGGCCUAAGUGAGCAGUCUUACCCAUUUUUAUGUUAAUUGGCAUGACCAUUAGCCUAAAUCCUAAAUUUUAAAAGCUGUCCCAAGAGCCCUUUCUCUCUUUGCCUUCUCAUUUUCCUUGAGCUGAUUUGCAUCUUUUUUAAAAAUGUGUUUCUCAACAUUUUAAAACCCAUGCCCCUUUUGAUAAGUUUAGAAAUCUUACAUCUCCUUUAAUAUUAUUUCAGAAACCAAUUAAAAAGUAAGAAUUGCAACAGAAGAAUUAAGGCAGUGAGUCUUCGAAAGCUGCCUUUUUUCCCUCUUGGUCACAUAAGAUCAGUGUAAAAGUGGGGCUGACUUGCUUUCCACAAGGGUUUUCCCAUUUUUGCUGGUGACAAAGCUCAGUGUAGGUCACUUUCACAUGAGGUCUGUUCAGUUGCUUUGUUUUCAUGCUCACACAGGGCAGAGAGUCUGCUUUGUAAAUGCAAUAUAUUUUAUUAUAAUUCAGAAAUUGCUUUUUCAGACUCUGUGCACCAGUCUUUCUCCUAAAAGAUUUUAAUAUGACUCCUGUACUAUCUCCUACCACCUUGCUGCUUUAAAUACUUAAAUAUGAUGAAAGAAACAGAUGAAAGUAAUUAAGAUGGGAUAAGUAAGACAUUCUUAUUCAUGAGCACAUCCUCAUCUCUCUGCCACCAUCCCCACGGGGCUGUUAUUGCUCUUCCUCUUCACUGUCUUAGCCACCUCUGCAUCUACCUGCAGCGUCACUUGGGCUCUGCCCUCCAGCCCUACUUGGACAACAAUAAGCCAGCCUCACAGAGUCCCAUCAUAGUAACAGCUUCUGCCCUGGAGAGGCCUAUGAUGCCUUCUGUAGUAAGACGAUGUAUAGAAAGGCAGAGCGCAAUGAGUAGCACGUGGCGCACAUAACAAAUGCUGAUUCUGUUCCCUUACCUCCCCUUCCCAGAAUUCAGUAUUUUUGCUUUUAGAAUCAUCUUUGGAUCUUCUAAUGUAUGCUAGCAAAGAAGUGUAGGAUUUUCAUAGAUGAAAUUCUAAGUGGGUUUUAUUGAUUCAUCCACAUGCUUCCAUAUCUGUGUUUCCAGUCCUCCUCGUGGAGAGAAUAGGUCUUCUUCAUACUGUCAAUGGUAAGGAUGGAUAGGAAGAAAACUAGCAUUAUCUGAGAAUCUUUUAUGUUACUGGGGCCGAGACUCUGGCUUGCAUAAAUACACUGAACCCUCACAGCACCCCCAGGAGACGGAACCAGCACCUCAACGUUGUGGAUGAAGACACCAAGCACAGCGAUACUGACCUGUCUUGGUCCGUAGUGGCAGAGUCAGCACUCAAACCCAGAGUCCCUGCGCUUUACGUCAUCUGGUGAAUGCAUUUCAGACUCUGUGCUUUGGGUAGGCAGAAGAAGAGAAAAAAAUUAAUUAGAUAAUCAUUACUAUUCUGUUGAAAACAAAUUACCUCCUUCUACCUAGUAAGUAUUUGGUGUGGGAUUGUGGCAAUGCUUUUUUUUUUUUUUUAACUUUUAUUUAGUGGAUAUAAAUUUCCAAAGUACAGUUUAUGGAUUACAAUGGCUCCCCCCCCCCAUAACUUCCCUCCCACUUGCACCCCUCUCAUCUCCUGCUCCCUCUCCCAUUCCAUUCACAUCAAGAUUCAUUUUCAAUUAUCUUUAUAUAUGGAAGAUCGAUUCAGUAUAUAUUAAGUAAAGAUUUCAUCAGUUUGCACCCACACAGAAACACAGAGUGUAAAAUACUGUUUCAGUACUAGUUAUAGCAUUACUUCACAUUGGACAACACAUUAAGGACAGAUCCCACAUGAGAAGUAAGUACACAGUGACUCCUGUUGUUGACUUAACAAUUUGACACUCUUGUUUAUGGCGUCAGUAAUCUCCCUAGGCUCUAGUCAUGAGUUGCCAAGGCUAUGGAAGCCUUUUGAGUUUGCUGACUUAGAUCUUAUUCCGACAGGGUCUUAGUCAAAGUGGAAGUUCUCUCCUCCCUUCAGAGAAAGGUACCUCCUUCUUUGAUGGCCCCAUUCUUUCCACUGGGAUCUCACUCACAGAGAUCUUUCAUUUAGGUGUUAUUGUUGUUGUUGUUUUUGUUGUUGUUUUUGCCAGAGUGUCUUGGCUUUCCAUGCCUGAAAUACUCUCGUGGGCUCUUCAGCCAGAUCCGAAUGUGGCAAUGCUUUCAUACCUUGCAGUUUUUAUUGAGAAAAAACACAAGAAUAUUACCACCGGUUUAUUCUAUUUCAGUUCUUCUAUAUCGAAUUGUGAUCCCUUUUCAUGUGAAAAUCAAUGUAAUCUGAAGAAUAGAGAUAUUAUAGAUUGGCCUAAAGGAGCUUUUUUGGUAACCUGUAAAGGUAACCAAAGGGGGUUGUCUUUUUUUACCUCCUCAGAAAAAUAUUGGAAUUCUAAUAAAUUUGGUAUCUAUUUUAAUAGGAGUUCAGUCAUGAAAACAAAUGCAUAUAUACUGAAUCUUUUAUACUAGAAUUUAAAACAGAAAUAUUUCUAUAUUGAAGAAAUGAGUAAAAAUUAUGUAAUUUUGAAUUUGCUGUCUUUACUUGUAUUAAAUUAAUAGACAAAAUAAAUUUCCAUAAUUUUUAUAAUCUCUCUAGACUUCAGAUUUUAACACUUUUAUACUUAGUUGUUCCCAUUCUAGCACUGACACCCUACCCGUUACCACUUAAGGUUUUGCUUUGUUUGGCUUUGCUGAUUUCUUUUUUACUCUCUAGAACAUUUCUUAGAACAAAUAAGAUUUUAAUUAAAAAAAAUAUAUAUGGUAAGAGAAAUUUGGCAGUGGAAAGUUAGUCUAAUGCUGAAAAAUAUGUGCUGAGAUAAUUGUAAUAGGAAAGAAUGAAAAGAAAAAGAAGAUAAUGUUAUCAAUUGCCACCAUUCAGUAUGAAGAUUGCUACUGGUCUUUGGCCUUUGGAAGUUGUAUUUUGAAUCAUUGACCACUGAAGGGCGCUGUGCUACUGCAAACCACUUAUUCAAGGCCGAAGUCCUCAAAUCUCUUCAUUUUUCCUUCUCACUAAAAAGAUAAAGGAUUUAUAUUCUUGUAAUGCCAAAUCAGUUCAUACUUAACAUUCAGCCUUUAGCUGUGGAAACUUGUUUGAAUGACAGUAAUGGCUUCAUUUCAAGUUAUUUAAAUGUUUAAUGCUGUGUAAUUUACUCAAAUGUGUGUAAUCCUUUAUUUAACUAGAUGAAAAUAAUAUACUGUUAGCAUUGUUUUUAGCAUUAAUUGAUGUGACUAAUUAAAAUUAAAAACACCGAAACCAAUUACAUUGUGCUGUCGCCUCAUCAGACUGAAGAGAGGUCCCCUCUGGCCCAGGCUGGUUGUGGCUCCCCCGUACCUCCCCUCAGCCUGCUCUUGGCCCUCACACAUUCCACUCCUCCCUGCUGCUUUUGUGCUUAAUUUGAUUCCAGGAGACUGACAGCUACUCUUGGUAGCAAAACUGAUUAACCAUGGAUUCUUUUUCUCCUAAAACUUGUCCUUGCAGUGAUAGGAACUUCCUAACAGCGUUGGGUUCUUUCAAAGUGAAUGUAGCAAUGUUGAAGCCACUUAGAAAAGAGAAAGGGUGGGAGUGCAUGUUGACAUCACUAGUCCUAGCACAUACGAGAUGAGCGAGAACUCAUUUUCAGCCCGGAAAGAUGGAACCUCGGUAUUCCCGCCUGAAGACCUUGUCUGCAUAGCUUGUGCUGCACUGACUCUCAGUAAUGAGCAGAAACAAAACAGGAAGCCCCUGCUGUUUUCAAAGCUUUAGUCUGGUCUUGGAAAUCAGAUGAAUAUAAGUCAAAACCAGGUAACAGGUUUCUGGCAGCUUGCUUGUACUGCUGUGAUGUGUUAUAUUAAAACUGCCCAUUACAGUUCUCAGUUUGUAGGCAUAAAUAAUUCUUUCUCGUUAAACACUGUUCCUCUGGGGUGCCAGAGAAAGAACAUUUUUACUCAUUGUAAUUAUUGAUAAAUAUCCUUUAUUCAAAGUAAUUGUUAGAUCACAGCAUGCUUUCUUAUUAUUCCAAACUCUGUGAAGUUUGUUCAUAAUCUGGAUGGCUUUUUAAGGGUUAAAAAUGCAAAAAUAUCUCAUUAGCUUUAGAUUAAAGUCUAGAUUAGAAUUGCUGUCUGGGGUGAAAAACACUUAUAAACAGAAUUUGUCAACUCCUCAUAGUAUUUUAUAUCAUGUUUUAGAGAUUUAUUUAUUUAUUUGAAAGUCAGAGUUACACAGAGAGAAGGAGAGGCAGAGAGAGAGAGAGAGAGAGAGAUCGAUCUUCCAUCUGCUGGUUCACUCCCCAAUUGGUCGCAACGGCUGGAGCUGCACUGAUCCGAAGCCAGGAGCCAGGAGCUUCUUCCAGAUCUCCCACAUGGGUGCAGGGACCCAAGGACUUGAGUCAUCUUCUAUUGCUUUCCCAGGCCAUAGCAGAUCUGGAUCGGAGAUGGAGCAGCCGGGACUAGAACCGGCACCCAUAUGGGAUGCCGGCACUUCAGGCCAGGGCAUUUUUAUGUGAAGUGGCAUUAUUUUAUGAAUAGAAUGUUAAAUUGAAAGUUUGAAUUUGAUUUCAUGAGCAGAAUGUAAUUGUAUUAUUAUUUAGCAUGUUGACUUUGGUUUAUUUGUUUAUACACAAUUUUUGAAAUAAUUUGUGUAAUAUCUAUGCCAUAUUAUAAUUUUACUUAAAAUUUAAGACACACACACACAUACACACACCCCUCUGAAACACACAGUGGUUCUCUCAAAUAUUUCAAAUGAUUGAAAUUAAAAAAUACUCUUUAAUAUAUAUCAUUUAGUGCUUUUCAUCAUGAAGUUUAUGAAAUUGGUGGUGAAAGUUUAAAAAUCAUUAGUUUAGUGUCUGUUCUUUUCAAAAAACCUAUCGAUAACAGGAAUGCCCAAUGCUUUAUAAAGAGCUCUUCCUUCCGUUUGCUCCUUAGACACUCUGUAUUAGGUAGUCGAUGUGCAUAGGAUGUCCUUCCUUUAUUGUGGGAGAAGCAGGGGAGGUGUGGAAAGGUAGCCAUUACUUUCCCAAGAUCACAGAGGAGGUCUGGAGUGAGGCUGGGGCUGUGCUCCAGGUUCCCACUCGUCACCAGUACUCUUUCCUGCACCAUCCGAGUUCACAAAAGCCUCUAGUGGAAAGGCUGGCCUUUGUUUCCUUGUGUGUUGUAGACCUCAGCUGUUUCUGUGAGCAACUCUUCUCAUCUUUAGAAUGGGAUGUGGCUAGUCUUUUUCCAGUUGUAUCCUAGACAGAGCGAGUAAUGAAGGAAUUUUAAUUUAUUGAGAGCUUCAGGCCUGGGGUUAAAAGCUGUUUGUAGUAUGAUUUUUUUUUUACCUUCUGUGUUUUUUUGGAAGGGGACAGUAGCUCUUUUCUUUGUCUUUGCAUGAAAGACAGUAAACACUUAAAAAAGGAAGUUUUGGAAGUAAACAGAUGGAUGAGGCAGCCUCCUUAAGGGAAGCACGGGGAGGGGCUGACACUGUGGCUUAGUGAGUAAGCUGCAACCUGCAGUGCCGGCAUCCCAUAUGGGCACUGGUUUGAGACCCAGCUGCUCCACUUCCAAUCCAGCUCUCUGCUAUGGCCUGGGAAAGCAGUAGAGGGUGGCCCAAGUGCUUGGGUCCUUGCACCUGUGUGGGAGACCUGGCAGAAGCUCCUGGCUUGUGGCUUAGGAUCAGCCCAGCUCUGGCCAUUGCGGCCAUUUGGGGAGUGAAGACUUCUCUCUCUCUCUCUCUGUCUCUGCCUCUCUGCAACUUUGCCUUUCAAAUAAAUAAAUAAAAAUCUUAGAAAAAAAAAAAAAGAGAGAGAGACAUGGGGAGGUAUUUGUUCCUGAUACACCCCAUUGGGCCAGGGAGUGCUCAGGAUUUGCUUUUCUUUCUUUACCGCCUCCUUGCUUUGCAUGAGGAUGAGGUCUUUUUUCUUUCUUAUAUAUAUUUGUUGGUGAGUGAUAAUGAAUAAGCUGAUUUCUCUAAGAGAUGCAAUGUUAUCAGUGUUUGACUGCUAAGAUUAAAUUAAACUAUAAAUUAGGACAUAACAUUUCCUAAAGACAUUUUAUGUUUUAAUCAGUGCUAAGAUGGAAAAGAUAAAUAGCUACUAAAGUAGCAAUAAAGUGAAAGGAAAUGAACAGGUGUUAUUACUUAAUAUUAUGCAAGAAAAAAAUAAUUUUUAAAUACGCGUAAAUAAAUAGCUAGCUAGUUAGCAGUGAUAAGGUAAGGACUUUGGCUCAUUAAUGUGAUUUCUGAUGAUCCUGUGUAAGAUUCAGGAAUUUGCAGUGGCUCCUUCAGCACGAUGCUGCUGUUAGGUAGCUAACACUUUGCCUUUCUUUCCAGCUCCUCAGGACUUCUGAGCAUGUGUUAUUGUUUUAUAACAUUGUGUUGCAGUUAAUUCUCAGGGACAGAGGACAUCACUUUAUUCUCUGCUCCAAUUCUGCCAACCUGUUCUUGGGACCGUUUCUUCUUCUUCUUCUUCUUCUCCUUCUCCUUCUCCUUCUCCUUCUUCUUCCUUCCCCUCCUCCUCCCCCUCCCCCUCCUCCCUCUUCUAUAUUUAUUUCUUUGAAAGUCAGAGUUACACAGAGAGAAGGGGGGGGGGGGAGAGAGAGAGAGAGAGAGAGAGAGAGAGAGAGAGAGAGAGAGAGAGAGAGAGAAAGGUCUUCUAUCUGCUGGUUCGCUCCCCAAUUGGCUGCAAUGGCUGGAACUGCACCAAUCCAAAGCCAGGAGCUUCCUCCAGGUUUCCUGUGUUGGUGCAGGGGCCCAAGGACUUGGGCAAUCUUCUACUGCUUUCCCAGGCCAUAGCAGAGAGUGGUGUCGGAAGAAGAGCAGCCGGGACUUGAACUGGCACCCAUAUGGGAUGCUGGCACUACAGGUGGCAGCUUUAUCUGCUAUGCCACAGUGCCGGCCUGGGGACCAUUUGUCUGGGCUUGAGUUCCGUUGCCUUUGUCCUUUUUUGUGUCUUUGAUCUAAUUUAUCCUGUCUUUAAAGGGUUAUCUCUCAACAUGAUGACUUCAUAAUCAGCUUUUCUCUUUCACCUCAAAGCCUGUACCAUUUUUUUAUACUUGGAUUCUUUUUUGAUUUUUUUUUUCAUUCUUUUAUUCCUAUAUCCAACAUUUACCAUCUUUCAACUGGCUCAGAGGAAACCACUCUAUUACCUGGUGCUUUCUCUGGGAAGAAUGCACACUAGUGUUGAGGACUUUCUCUACUGGCCCCCCUUUUAAUUUAUUUGUUUGCUUCAAAGGCAGAGUGACACAUAGAAAAGGAGAGACAAGGAGAAAGAUCUUCCAUCUGCUAGUUCACUUCCCCAAAUGGCCUCAAUAGCUGGGGCUGGGCCACAUCAAAACCAGGAACCAGAAACUCCAUCCAGAUCUCCUAUGUGGGUGGCAGAGGGCCAAGUAUUUGGGCCAUCGUUCGCUGCCUUCCCAGGCGCAUUAACAGGGAGCUGGGUCAGAAGUGAAGCAGCCAGGACUCGAACAGGUGCUUUGUUAUGGGAUGCUGGUGUUGUACGCAGUAGCUUAGCCUGCUGUACCACAACAUUGGUGCUUGUCUGCUACCCUUGACCCUUGACCUCACUCAUCCUGUCCCCUUUCCUCAUCAUGCCUUUUUUUUUUUUUUUUUUUUUUUUUGACAGGCAGAGUUAGAGAGAGAGAGACAGAGAGAAAGGUCUUCCUUUGCCAUUGGUUCACCCUCCAAUGGCCACUCUGGCUGCGCGCUGCAGCUGGCACACUGCGCUGAUCCAAAGCCAGGAGCCAGGUGCUUCUCCUGGUCUCCCAUGAGGGUGCAGGGCCCAAGGACCUGGGCCAUCCUCCACUGCACUCCUGGGCCACAGCAGAGAGCUGGACUGGAAGAGGAGCAACCGGGACAGAAUCCGACGCCCCUGAACCUGGUGUGCCGGCGCUGCAGGUGGAGGAUUAGCCUAGUGAGCCAUGACGCCAGCUGUUGUUUUUUUUUAUUUUUUUUUAUUUUUUUUAUUUUUUAUUUUUUGACAGGCAGAGUGGACAGUGAGAGAGAGAGACAGAGAGAAAGGUCUUCCUUUUGCCAUUGGUUCACCCUCCAAUGGCCGCCGCGGCCGGCGCACCGCGCUGAUCCGAUGGCAGGAGCCAGGAGCCAGGUGCUUUUCCUGGUCUCCCAUGGGGUGCAGGGCCCAAGCACCUGGGCCAUCCUCCACUGCACUCCCGGGCCACAGCAGAGGGCUGGCCUGGAAGGGGGGCAACCGGGACAGAAUCCGGCGCCCCGACCGGGACUAGAACCCGGUGUGCCGGCGCCGCUAGGCGGAGGAUUAGCCUAGUGAGCCGCGGCGCCGGCCUGUUUUUUUUUUUUUUUUAAGAUUUAUUUAUUUGGGGCCACCGCUGUGGCGCAGUGGGUUAAAGCCCUGGCCUGAGGCGCUGGCAUCCCAUAUGGGUGCCAGUUCUAGUACUGGCUGCUCCUCUUCCAAUCCAGCUCUCUGCUAUGGCCUGGGAAAGCAGUAGAAGAUGGUCCAAGACUUUGGACCCCUGCACCCGCAUGGGAGACCAGGAGGAAGCACCUGGCUCCUGGAUUCAGAUCGGCACAGCUCUGGCCGUUGCAGCCAUCUGGGGAGUGAACCAGUGGAUGGAAGACCUCUCUCUCUGUCUCGAUUCUCUCUGUAACUCUGUCUUUCAAAUAAAUAAAUUAAAAAAAUAUUUAUUUAUUUGAAAGGCAGAGUUAUAGAGAGAGGAAGAGAGACACAAGGAGGGAAGGAGGGGGAGAUGAGAGAUGGGGCAGGGGAGGAGAAAGAGAUCUUCUGUCCACUGGUUUACUCCCCAAAUGGCUGCAACAACCAGGGCUGGGCCGGGCCGAAGUCAGGAGUCAGAAGCUUCAUCAUGGUUUCCCAUGUAGCCAUCUUCCUCUGCUUUCCCAGUUGCAUUAGCAGGGACCUGAAUCAGAAGUGGAGCAGCCAGGACUUGAACCUGUGCCCAUAUGGAAUGCUGGCAUCUCAGGCAGUGGCUUAACCUGCUAUCUGUGCUUUCUUGAAACAAACGCUGUACCUUCAUGUCAAUGGACUGCAGUUUCCCAUCAGAGACUUUUACCUCUCAUACCUCUCUCGCUGUCUUCACUCCUCUCAUUGACAGGUCUCUCUGGGGUCGUGUACUCUGACUAGCCUGAACAUGUAGUCCUGAGUUCCCUUCCUGCAAAUGUCACAUGAGAGUGAGCCUUAGAACUGGGUGCAUUUUGAGAUUGCAGCGUCCAGACCUUUCAUUCUGUGGGUGAAGGAGAUGGUGUCUAGAGAGACUGGGCGAUUUGCUUGAGGAUCUGCAGCAGGGAGCAGCACACCCAGGGCAUAUUCCUUCCAUGGGACCGCUUCAGGCUGUGCGGAUUUAGGGGACUUACACUGGCUGCCUUUUAGAGACUAAAAGGUCGUUCGGCAGCUCCAGUAGAUCUUCCCUUAUAUGGCUCCAUGUCAGUGCCGGACUGCUGCUGAUCUCUGCCAAAAUAAAGGUUUUAACUCGAUAGAAAUGCUGCAUUUCUAGAAUUAAAAACAGCGGCAAAUUGAAAAGAUAAAAUUAAAAGACAAAUGGCAAAGUUGGAAGAGUACACUAUUUACAGCAGAAAAAAAGGUCAACAUCUUAGGUGUUUUAGAAUUACAAAAUGGAAAAGAUGAGUACCUCAAAAGAAGAAUGGAAGUAGGACUAUAUAAUGAGUAGAUGUUUUACAAAAGGUGAUGUAGAAAUAGCCCUCUGUAUCCCUGGGUUCCACAUCCAGAGCCAACCAACAAGUGAUUCCAUCAGUCUGGAGCAAGGGGAGUGGAGCGAUGAUAUAUUAAAAAAAAUGCAGGCCGGCGCCACAACUCAAUAGGCUAAUCCUCCACCUUGCGGCGCCGGCACACCGGGUUCUAGUCCCGGUCGGGGCGCCGGAUUCUGUCCCAGUUGCCCCUCUUCCAGCCCAGCUCUCUGCUAUGGCCCGGGAGUGCAGUGGAGGAUGGUUCAAGUCCUUGGUCCCUGCACCCCAUGGGAGACCAGGAGAGGCACCUGGCUCCUGCCUUUGGAUCAGCGCGGUGCACCGGCCGCAGCGCACCGGCUGCGGUGGCCAUUGGAGGGUGAACCAACGGCAAAGGAAGACCUUUCUCUCUCUUUCUCUCUCUCACUGUCCACUCUGCCAGUCCAAAAAAAAAAAAAAAAUGCAGCUGAACUGAACAUGUGCACACUUUUUUCUUGUCAUCUAAACAACUAUCUUGAUAAUACACUGUAUUUAGUAUAAAUCAUCUGGAUAUGAUUUAAAAGGUGUGGGAGGAUCACAUAGAUUAUAAGCAAAUACACACACAUUGGGAUUGUAUAACUAUUAAAAAUGCUUUAGGAAAAUUUAUGACACAAAAAUGCUGAAUAGUUAGGUGAAAAAGAUAAAUAUUAUUCUAAUUUUUAAGUGACAUAUGUGUAUAUGCAUUUUUAAAAGCUGUAAAGAAAUAUACCAAAUGUUAAAAGCAUGUUAUUGAAUGGAGAGAUUAUGAAUGAUUAUUCUCUUUGAAUGUUUUACAUUUUGUAAAUUUUCUAUAAUGAGUAUUAUUUUUGAAAUUUAAAACAUUUUAAAAGUAACAAGGUAUAUAUAUAUGUGUGUGUGUGUGGGUGUGUGUAUGCAGUUGGGACUUUCCCUUUGGAUCAAAGAUCCCUUGAAGAGCUGCUGAUUUUUUCUGACCUUUUAAAACGCUGUCUCCCACUCCUCAGUUUGCAAAACGUGUCUCCGUGGUAAGGUAAAGGUCACGUGGCACAGAAAGAACAGACCCAGCCUAGGAGCCCGGACGUGACUGCACUGUGUGAACAUGUUGUGGUUUGAAGUCACUGCCCCUUUAAGAGCCAUUUUUCAUUCACGCAGAGAGGGGACAUUGGUUCCUUGCAGCUCUAAAUGGAAUGAUUCUGCUUUUUCCUUGGGCCUUUUAGCAUCCUUUAUUUUGAAUGUUGCACACUAGCAUCGCAGCCCUAAGUUGGGAGGCCAGAUCUACUGUAAAACGUGACCCUGGCGAGUUUUGUUUAUGAUGGUGUACAACACAUAUCCCUUGGACACUUUCGAAAACGUUCAUGGAGUUGCUUUUUCUUAGCUGGGGACUUUAUUUUCUAUUAUAGUCAUUGUGUACUUUUUGCAUUCAGUGUUAAGAUGUCAACAAACUAGGUAAAGGACUAGACAGGAAAUAUUUCAGGCUUUUUGGGCCACUUAAAGUCUCUCUUACAUGCUUUUCUUCAAAUAACCCAUUUAAAAAUGUAAAAAUCCAGUCUUGGCUUGUAGGCUGACCUCUGUCCAAAACCUGAGAGGAACAUGAAAUUAUUUUGUCAUACCUAGUGAUGCUUUGCAAACUUGAUUUUCUUUUCCAACAUCUCUGAGAUAGGUCUUCAGACUAUUAAAAAAAAAAUCCUUCAGGAUAACAGAAGAGUAUUUAUGUGAUAGAUAAAACCCAUUAUUUUGUCCAAUUUCUCAAAUAUCUAUAAUAACCAAAAGUUCAAAUAUAGACUAUACAUUGUUAGAGCCUUUUAAAGGUGUUCUUUAAAAUCCUAGAUUUGGGUGAAGGUUCAAGAAGUUAACUCUCAUGCUUUCAGGGCUUUAAACUCUUCCUUCUCAACGUAGGGAUUAAGAGCACAGAUUUACAUCAGAUGGAUUUGAUUUGUUUGCAGCUGGUCAUUUAUCAACUGUGUGGCCUUUUCAGGUUAGUUAGCUGUACUACACCUCAGCCUUCUCUGCUCUGCAAUGAGAACAGUACUGGUACCUGUCUCAUAGGGUUGCCACAAACGCCAGAGGAGAUGUGGCUCUUGACAUGCAGGAGGCACUCAACUGAUACAGAGUUAUCACUAUAUCUUUUUAUUUUAAAAGGAAUUUCAGUGUUCUUCCUUAAGAACUGAUUAUAAUCUCAAAUAAUAGUCAAUCCCAGAAAAGUGUUUUUUGUGUGUGUGUGUGUGUUUUUUUUUUUUUUUUGACAGGCAGAAUGGACAGUGAGAGAGAGAGACAGAGAGAAAGGUCUUCCUUUUGCCGUUGGUUCACCAUCCAAUGGCCGCCGCGGCCGGCGCGCUGCGGCUGGCGCACCGCGCUGAUCCGGAGGCAGGAGCCAGGUGCUUAUCCUGGUCUCCCAUGGGGUGCAGGACCCAAGCACUUGGGCCAUCCUCCACUGCACUCCCUGGCCACAGCAAAGAGCUGGCCUGGAAGAGGGGCAACCAGGACAGAAUCCGGCGCCCCGAUCGGGACUAGAACCUGGUGUGCCGGCGCCGCAAGGUGGAGGAUUAGCCUAGUGAGCCGCGGCGCUGGCCCAUAAAAGUGUUUUUAUAACCCAUUUCUCACCUACUCUAGAGCUUGUACCAGUUUCCUGAACCGAAAGUCCAUCCCCUUUUAUUUAAUUCUCAUUAGACAUAAAAAAAUUAGUGAUGACUCCCUGAAGAACACAAAUAAAACACUCCUUCAGUAAUUCUAGUUCCGUAGGUCUGAUUCCCCUGCACACUCGUUAUUUUUAUGUCUCUCCUUUCCCCUUGCAGUGCCCUUCUGCGAUUGCACAGUACAGAGCUGAAACACAGGGUCGUGAACAAGGGUUUCAUCAUCUUUUCACUUAUGCACGAGUAAUAUUUGCAGAGCACCUAUAGAAUGCUAAGUACCAUGCCUGAGCUCGGACCUCCAGCUGUGGACAAGCCCGAGUCCCUGCUCCAUGCCCCUUACAUUCUAUCAGGACAGGGAGAUGAAAUGUGAAGACAUGAAUGUGAUUCUUGUAAUGUUUUGAAUAAAUUGGAGUGGGAAAUGAGCUAGCAGGUGGCUGAGUUCUGGGAAGGGGUGCUUGAGCAGGAUGGUCAGGGAAGGCCUCUGUGAAGAAGUCAGCUGAGCCAAGAUUUUCAUUCUAAGAAGUUGGCCUUGCAGUGAGCUAAGGGAAGAGCAUUCCAGGCUAGUGAACAGCAUGGGUAAAAGCUGUGAAGUGGGAACUAGCUUGGAUGUUUGAGGACCAGGACAGAAGGUCAUGUGUAUCUGAAAGCUGGCGGGUAGUCUGUAGGGUGCUGGGGAACCGUGUGGCUAGAAAUGAGGGCAGGGAGAAGGGAAACUGGGUCCUUGACAGUGUGGAAUUCUUAGCAUAAUGGAAAACCAUGAGGGAUUUAAGCUGGGUGAGAAGAGAACUUGGUUUACAUGUUUGAAAGGUGAUUCUAGCAUGAUCUAGUGGGAGAAUGGACUACAGGGGGCAUAAGAAGGCAGGCAAGCAAGGAAAAGAAGAGAAUGGAAGAGAAUGGAAAGGAGCUGCCGGUGAAGCAGGAAGAAAACAUGGGCAGAAUUUUCACAGAAGCCUACAGAAGACAGUCUUAACACAGACGGAGGGGAAACAGAGGUGGGCUGUGGCUUUUACAAAGACGGGUGAGAACAGAGCAGUGACUCAUGGAUCUAACAAGAUGGAACUUAUUGGUGACCUUGUUAACUGCAAUUUCAGUGGCUUUGUGGGAGGAGAGAGUGGAGCCUGGGGAAUUAGGGAUAGCAAUAAAUGAAGAAAUUGAAAGGAGCAUCCCUGGGAAGGGAAGCAGAGGAUUGAGGAAGAGCUUGGGGGGCGGGGGGACUCCUGUCAGAGUAAGAGGGUCAAGACAGGAAGAUGUUAAGGUUGUGUGCAUGCAAGUUGGAGUGACACCACAGGAGGAAGGAUUUGAUCGUGGAGGAGAAUGGAUCUUUGCAGGGUCUGUGUCCCUGAUUGUUGGAGAGGGGCUGGGAUCUUGAGCUCAAGUGGAAGAUUGGCUUUAGAUAUGAAUGAGAUCACUGCUUCCUUUACAGCAGGAGGAAAGGCAGAGUGUGUAGCAUGGAUGUGCAUGGGAAGAGAGAAUGAGGCAAAAAUGGAAGCAUUACCUGCAUGUUCAUAAUUUUUGCAUUUUGCUGAUUCUUAUCCUUGUGGUAUGUUAUGCCUCUCGCCACCCCCUUGCUAAGUUAUUUGUGCCACAUAAUUUUUCCCUAUUCAUGCCAUAUAUCUCAGAUACAGAUCUGUUUACUUGUCUGUCUUCCUCACUAAACUGGUGUCUCUUCAAGAAGAACAGGUAUCUUUGUAUCUCCAGACACAGCUUAGUCUUUGGCAAGACUGAGUUGAAGGAGUGACAGCUAUAUCAGAACAAAGGACUCAUAUAACAGCUAUACAGACAUGGGUACAAAGGAAAGCAAUUCAAGAGCAUGAAUAAAAUUUAGUGUUUGCAAUACUUAGAAUUAACAUGGUUUCUCUUUUUAGUUGAAUAAAUUGUUACUGCUCACCAGAGUUAAGAAGCAGGUAAAAGUUUGAAAAGAACCACCUCACUACCACUUGGAAAGAGAUAGGAUUUUAACAGCUCCUCUCAGUAGGAAUGAGUUCGUGCCUGGCAGACUACAGAGGGAAGCACUUUCUGGGUUCAGGACAAAGUGAGAACCAAAUGUGUAUGAGAAAAGCAAAUCCCAGCAUGGUCAGAUUGCUUGUGGGGGUCUCAGAAUGGCAGAGAAGGUAGCGUGUUCAUUGCAAGAGUAAAUGGUAAGGAGAUAGGACCUCAGCAGACUUGUGCCCAGAUGAAUGAGAACAACUUUACAGAAAGUUUGGGUAAGCAUGUGUAGCUGUUUCCCAGAUGCCUUUCUAUCUAGUUGGAUUGGGAAAAAGCACAACGAAACAAAAUAACUGCUUUUCUCUUCAGUGUUAUACAGCAUAUCCUACAUGAAAUAUGAAUUUCUGAGUUACAAGCUGCCCCUGGCAAAGAGGCUGGUUGUAAGAACAUAAUAGCAAUACAUGCCCUGAAAUUAAUGUCCCAUGGGCGUUCCAGAUUUGUGUGAUGUACAGUAAGAUGUAUCCAGCCCAACUGUUCUUUUAACCACCUGCAUGAAGUAUCAUGAAAUGAGUUGCCCUGAAAGAAGCCAUGUGAGUAAAGGAGGUUGUAUGCCUUCAUGACUCCUUUCUGUGUGACCCCAGCUCACCACUGUUGAUUCUGGGAGCUUUCUCUCGCACUUUUCACUCCUGCCUGUAAUAGACGGGAGGUCUCCACACCGAGCUUUUUUUUUUCCUCUAGGCUUCCAGGUGGUAGCAAAUGGUGCUGCAUUUCCAUCAGGGGGUGGAGCUAGCCCUGGCCUCUUAAUCAUGGGUCUCCUCUCCCCAGAAGCCUUUGGGAUACCAGCUGAAGAAAGGUCACAAUCCCACCCCACAGAGUUCAUUUUCUCCAGACUCACUAAAUUGCUGCCUUCAUCAUUCCCCUGAAUUUUACUUUUCUAAACACUUUACAGUGUUUAGAAAGUGUGCAGCCUCAUUUUAUGUCACAUUAAGCUGACAACCCAACAUCUUACCAUGUAUCAACUGGGAAUACAAUUCUGCACUCACUGUGCUGUGCCAUCUUGCCAAGUUCUGUCUUUGUUACUCUGCUCUCAUUCAGAGAGGAAUUAAUUUGAAUUACAUAGUGCUGUGUUGUCUUCUCGAAGGAAGCUAGGUUCUUGCACACUCUGGGAAGGUAUCUGUCUGUGAACGUGCUUGCACCUUAAAAGAUUGUGUGCCAUCCCUCUUCUCUCCACUUCACACCAGCAGGGCAUCCUCACAUGGAAGAAUGAUGUCUACCUGUUUUGCUUUCCCCUGCUCAAUGGGAUUUUCAAGGGUCCAUGUUUUUAUCUUUACUUCUUUUUUCCUCAGAGAAGCUUAUGGAGAACAAAAGACAUUUUUUUUUUUUGACAGGCAGAGUUAGAGAGAGAGAGAGAGACAGAGAGAGGUUUUCCUUUUCUGUUGGUCACCACCCCCAAUGGCCGCUGCGGCUGGCGCACCACGCUGAUCCAAAGCCAGGAGCCAGGUGUUUCUCCUGGUCUCCCAUGAGGGUGCAGGGCCCAAGCACUUGGACCAUCCUCCACUGCACUCCCGGACCAUAGCAGAGAGCUGGAUCAGAAGAGGAGCAACCGGGACAGAAUCCAGCACCCCAACUGGGACUAGAACCAGGGGUGCCAGUGCCGCAGGCGGAGGAUUAGCCAAGUGGCCAGCCACAAAAGACAUUUUUGAGUCCAAAUGUAAUGCUGUAUGUUUAGAGAGCAAUUCCAAGAGGAGGGAAUUUUUUGCAUUGCUAAAGGUGCCCAGGUGCUAACUUACAUCCCCAGGAAGAUUUUGAACACAGCCCACAUUUACAGAUGUUGGAUCUUACUGUCAGGCCUGUGUGGUGACUGUGUGGCAUCUACCGGCAGUAUGAUCUCUUCAGGAAAUUUCCAGUCUUGAAUGGGCACUGGAUUUAAAACUAAUAUUGGAAUCAUCUUCUCAGAGGAAGAAAAGACUUAGGACAGGUGGGAAGGAAGCCAGGCACAUUGUCAGACUACUGUUCAGAUGGAUCGCAGAGUGCACUCUAUUCUUUAGAAUAAUGGGUUUGAUGGGAGUUGCUGGCAUGUUCUAUACAUGAACUGCAAACAAAACUAGAGCUUUUUACUUUUAUGCUAUUUUGUGUGGAGACAGUCUCAGGGCCCCAGAAUAGAAGUGUUCUGAAAAGAGUUCGAUGUUCUUGCCCAUGCCUAAUUUAAAUGGGAGGCUAAAACUGAGUGUGUAAUCCACUGACGCUCUACAUGACAGGACUUUUGCCAGCGUCACCUACACUUUCAUAAAAGCUCUUAAACAGAGUGCUGAAGAGUAUCUGUGGAUGUCCUUUAACAUCAGGAGUAGUAGAAAUAAGCUACCAUUUAUUGAGCACUGACAAAGGGCAGGCCCUCUGCUGGGUGUUGAAUGCAUGCUGUCUCUCAACCCACAAGAGCCCUACAGGGAAAGGCAGCACUCUCCUUAUUUACAGGUGAGGAAGGUGAAUAUCGAAAAGCUUGCCCAGAGUCAGACGGCUGGUCAGGGGCAAGGGAAGGAUUUGAAACUACUGCUAUCUGGUUCCAAAGAAUGUACUCUGUCCUCUUCCAAAGGAUGCUUUUCAGAAAAGGCAGAUCUCGAGCACUGCUGUUUUCCUCUUCUGAAUUUCUCUUAGCAGUCUUAUAGAAAAGGUCAUUUAUGUAAAGAUUUGCAUGCUGUUUGUAACUUGGGGCUUGGAUUCUGAAGCAAAACUUCUUGUUUGGGGUGUGUCAGUUGAGCAGUAAUGACAGCAUCCGUGAGUGUGGCUUGGUGGCCCAGUCACACCGAUGUACUCCGGAAAGGGAGAGUUACCUUGUUUAGCAGUGAAUUUUAAAAUGCUAGGAAGUUUUGAAGCAGUGGGAUUUCCUUUCUCCAGUGCGCUGAGAACUAGUUACCCCCUCGUACCCAAUGUAUGGUUUUACUCACAUUUAGGACUGCAAACUUUCUCUUUGCUGUCUGUCCUUUUUUUCCCCGUGGACAGCUCAUGGGUCAUCAGAUACACAGGAAAGUCAGUGCUAAGUUAAGCAGGAUUGGACAGUGCUCUUUGGGUGGGAAGUGGUCCUGGGUCUGGAUAGGUUGUGGUUCUGGACUCCUGUCGCUGUGCAGUGCUGCAUACAGGACCCCAAUCAGCGUCCCCUCACUUUCUCGUAACCAGAGCCAAGCCCAGGAAAUCUCCAUGAGUAAAGUUUCAGUCAUGUUCUUGUACUUUCCAUUUGAUAACAACAUAGUUUACAGAGAACUUUUUCAGCUUUCUGAGAACUCCUGAGACUUAUUUUGUCUCCGCCUUCAGCUGAGGUAAUAGAAAGGUUGUCAAUCUGCUUCAGCAGCCCGUCUUCAGGUAGAACGUGUUAGUAUCUGAGACCAAAGGGAACACAACUUGUAGCUCCUCCUGGAGCUAUAAUUCUGGUUUUCUUAUGAUAAAUACGAAAUGGAAUCUGAGCUCUCAAAACACGCCAAGGCAACUGGGUCAGGAUACAGCGGCAGCCUCUUUUGUCAUUUCCAGAGGCUCCUCUGCUUUUCAGCCUGGCGAUUUUUCAGACCCCUCCUCAGGAAAACGGGGCUUCUCAGCUCUUCCUUGUACUUGCUGAAAUAAGCAUUGAAGACAAGAGAAAUAAGGCAGUGUCCACCCAGCAGCCAAGGACCCCUCUCUCUUCCCUCUUUUUGUUUUGUGCUUUGUCUACUUAUCCACGUUUCCUGUCAGUGAAGAGACCAAAAGUGGCCCUCUGAGGAGAUUUUGAGAAGAAAAAGGCAAAUUCCAUGGUACAGAAAGGGGAGAAAAUAGUUGUAGAUAAAUGGCAAGGUUUAAUGCCAUCCUCACUACUGGCUCUAUAAUCCUCUGAAAAAAGAAGAAAAGAAAAUGGGAGACAGGAUAAUCAGAUCAUACUUAUAGACUAUUUUUCAAGUAUUCCUGAGCCCAGAGAUCCCUAAAACACCAGUAAAUGGAUGUGCCAGAUGAUUUACGAGGGUAAACUAAUGCUAUAGUCAAUAAAAUAAAAUAUUUUAAAGGUGGCACAGUUCACGAGCACAUAGACUCACAAAUGUACGUAAUGUUCCUUUGCACACCUCAUUGCCACAUAUGCACACUCAGAGACUAGUGAUAAACAGUGUGAACUUCUGGCCUCUUCCCUCGUGGAGGGCAUUUGAGGGAAGAGAGAAGCAGCAGCAUGCUGACCGCGUGCUACUUCCUCUUAGGCCCUCAGCCCAUACUUUGGUCUCACCUAAUCCUGUCCAGCAUCUCUGUAGUGAAGGCAUUCUCAGUUUUACAGGUGAAAAAAAUAGAUGCUCAGAGUGGUUGCAUAGUUAAAAAAAAAAAUCAUUUGGCCAGAUUUCAAAAGCAAGUUUGUCUGACUCCAAAGACUGUGAAUUCUGUUUCUAUCCAAACUGCCUCACCACAGAGCGCCCACCCGGUGUGUCUCCAGGACUUGUCUGCAGAUCUUUGCUCAGUUUGAGUCAUUAGGAAUUCCUAAAUGACUUCAGGAUAAGAAGACCUCCUGCAGAGGCUUUACAAAAACAAGUAUCCCAGUUAGUAUUGCUUUCAUCCUCACUUCCUGAACUCUAAUCAGCACUGAUUCUCUCUCAUUCCCUGAUAGCAUUAAGUUAUGAUAGCAUUAGUGACAAAAUAAAAUCAGCAAAUACAGAUACUGUUCAGUGGUAAAAUGCGAGAACUGGCAACAGUUAGAGAAGGUGUUAUCUAAAAGGCCCCUACAUAAAUAGCAAGCACAGACUUUAGAAGCAUUUCAGAUAAGGAUAACUUUGUUUGCUAAACAGGUUUUUUUUUA